GAAGGGAGCCGGGAACCGAGCCCAGAAGGGAGCCGGGAACCGAGCCCAGAAGGGAGCCGGGAACCGAGGUCAGGCGGCCGGACUCGGGCGACCGAAGUUACCCGAAUCUCAUUUUCAACUCCUGCCAAAGCCAGUAGCAGCUGAGAAAGAAAGCCAUACUCUUUGAAAAGUGUCAGCCAGCCCAACGUGCAGGAUGGAUCUUGAUGUGCUUAAUAUGUUUGUGAUCGCGGGCGGGACACUGGCCAUCCCAAUUCUGGCGUUUGUGGCCUCUUUUCUUCUGUGGCCUUCAGCAUUGAUAAAAAUCUAUUAUUGGUACUGGCGGAGGACGUUGGGCAUGCAGGUUCGCUAUGUGCAACAUGGAGAUUACCAGUUCUGUUAUUCCUUCCGGGGCCGGCCUGGACACAAGCCGUCCAUCCUCAUGCUGCACGGAUUCUCAGCCCACAAGGACAUGUGGCUCAGUGUCGUCAAGUUCCUUCCAAAGAAUUUGCAUUUGAUCUGCGUGGAUAUGCCAGGACACGAGGGCACCACUCGCUCCUCCCUGGAUGACCUGUCCAUAGAUGGGCAAGUCAAAAGAAUCCAUCAGUUUGUUGAAUGCCUCAAGCUGAAUAAGAAACCCUUCCACUUGAUCGGCACAUCCAUGGGUGGCCACGUGGCUGGUGUGUAUGCUGCCUAUUACCCAUCGGAUAUUUCCAGCCUGUGCCUUGUGUGCCCUGCUGGCUUGCAGUAUUCAGCUGAUAAUGAGUUUGUACAACGGAUCAAAUCGCUGGAAGACUCACCCACCACACACAAGAUUCCCUUGGUCCCAUCCACUCCAGAAGAGAUGAGUGAAAUGCUCCAGCUCUGCUCCUAUGUCCGCUUCAAGGUGCCUCAGCAGAUCCUUCAAGGCCUGGUGGAUGUCCGCAUCCCCCAUAACAACUUCUACCGGAAGUUGUUUUUGGAAAUCGUGAGUGAAAAGUCCAGAUACACUCUACAUCAGAACAUGGAGAAGAUCAAGGUCCCAACACAGGUCAUCUGGGGAAAACAAGACCAGGUGCUCGACGUUUCUGGAGCAGAUAUGCUGGCCAAGUCAAUCGCCAACUGCCAGGUGGAGCUUCUGGAAAACUGUGGGCACUCAGUGGUGAUGGAGAGACCUCGGAAGACAGCCAAGCUCAUUGUUGACUUUUUAGCUUCUCUGCACAACACAGACAACAACAAGAAGCUGGAUUGAGCCUCCUUCUGCAGCCUGCAGCCUGCAUUCUGCACAGCAUCAGCCCCCAGAACCUGACGCGGCCACCACUCUCAGGAAUCCUGCCCCAAACGCGGUUGGAGCACCAGCGCCAGUGUCCCUGAAGAAGCCAGGCCCCUGUUUCCUAUAUCCUUGAUUCCAUAGAGCUUCAAGAGCCACAGGAAAUCUCUAAGAUCUUUUUUGUCCCUCCCCCAAAUGGAAACCCAAAUGGAACAAAAUAAGAAAGCCUAGCCAUGAAACCUACUGAGGUCUUCAAUUUCUGUCACUGACAAGCUUGUGUUCAAUGGCCACCUUGGCCCAUCAUCAUCAAGAAUAUUUUCUUUAAGACACUGCUUCACACACUCAAACUCAAGGUAUUUUUUUUUUUGUGGCUUCAGAUAUAUCCCCUGCAUGGUCAGUGUUUUUUACACGAGCGUUAGUCCUCAUUCUCUGAACCUUCUUGUUUAGAUCAAAUUCACAUUUUGCAUAGAGACUUUCAGAAAUGUGAAUGCAGCAAUGAGCUGCAAGAUCAGGAAGAAAGUAGAAAUGGCCCCCACCUCAGAAAGAGAAAGAAAGAAAGAAAGAAAAGAACAGAACUCCAGGGGUUGGAGGCAUGGCUCAGGUGAUGUGAGUGCCAGCCAAUGAGUGACUGUGUCAGACACUGAGUUCGAGUUCCAGUUUUGGCCAGAAAAAAAAAGUAGAAAUUGUUCCUAUCUUUUGCACUUGUGGAAAUGUGUGUGGUGGAGAGGGGCUUUGUCCAUGGCCAGCUUGCAGAUGGACCGAAGUAGCAGAAAACACAGGUGGGUGGUUUAUUUGGCACCUAUGAGCCAGGUAGAUUGUGAGGGACCCCAGAACAGUUGCAGAAUAAGAAUACCUGGUGAGGUGGGUUUCCCAGGAAUGAUUCCUGAUUUCUAAAAAGAAGAGUAAUAAAGCAAUAAUGUUCUAGACAUCUAAGUAAUCAGACUCAAGUUCUAAACAUGUGCAACUCAUGGGGACUCUUUUCUAUUUUGCUGUGCUACUGAAAAACUCUUGGAUGUAAAAUACUAGUUUGUUAAUGAAUUCUGUGAAUUCUGUGAACAGUAGCGUGAUUGAAAAUAAGUCAAAACAGUUGUAAAAGUGACUACAAAGAUGUGAAAUAAAUUUAAUAAGUCUGUAUACGCAA